AUGACGCCAAACGCAGAAGAAUACACUGCUUGGGAAGUCUGGACGCAGUGCGAUCACACCAUAGCGAUCAGUAUCAUGCGCAGCAGACAACUUGAUGAUAUUAAAAUAGUCGUAAUUGGUGCGCAGUCCAUUAAGCACAAUCUCCCGGCCCUGGCAGAACUGUAUACAGUAUUCCUUACGAAUCAAGCACUACCCCCUUUACACAUUCAGAAACUCACUGACUCGUCCGAUGAGCCGUACGAGGCCAACACGGUCUCUGUGGCAGUGUCAGGGCAGGGGUCGAUUCCCCGACUGAUAGAUGUCUUGCUCACCAGCCGCGUUUUCCUCCCAAGUGGCACAGAUCGCGUGUUAUACAGAGACCCUUUCCGUGGACGCGAAAUUUUUGUCGAGUUUGUCCCAACUCCCGAGCUUUUGUAUUUACCAGCCUCUGCCACAAGAGUCGCCGACUUAGGAAACAACGCAUACAGUAUCCCAUGCUCAUCUUUAUUGGAUGCGCUGAUCGAUUAUUUCUGGCGCUCUUCCGACUGGUCGGCAACCACAGAAUCAGAUGAUUUUCCGUAUCGUCUGGCCGAAGAGAUCUCAAACUUGUCGAAUAACAUCCCCCUGGAAUUGGGGACGGAGUUUGGGAUGGUGGAGAAGGAGAUUCGGUUUCAGCUAUUAGCUAGUGAUAUGGGCUGA